UUUCUUUCAGUCAAAUGAAUGUCAUUCUGAAGUUGUCCGACGUUUUCAAUUUACAAUGCGAAAUGAGGAAUUUCGAUUAUUUCUAGCUGUAUCAGAGUUAGCAAAACAAAACAGUUAAAUUGGUCGUCCCACGCGUAAAUUGCAUAUCUUUCGUUACGUUUAGGUUCCUGUGAUUGAGAUAACUGAAUUCGUGCAGUAUAUUUUACCAUCGAAUGAAACAGUGCGACGAAACUAAUAAGUCUCGGAAUAUUUUUUAGAUAAUCCAAAAUGAACAGUAUUCAUAACAUAUGUUUGAGUUUAUUUAUUAUAGUGGUUUUAUUAAAUAUUAGACUGUGUUUGUCUCAGUACAAUAAACCAUGGAGUGAAAAGUAUGAAAGCAAUAAGUGCCCUAAGCUUUAUCCAAAGAAUUUUUUGAACUACAUGCCAGUUGGAAAUCUAACAGCUGGAAACUACACAGAAAAACCUAAUUUAAAAGGCUUAAAACAAUGUGUGAUGGAAUGCUGUCUAUCUGAUACCUGCAACAUAGUAUUCAUAUAUGACUUGAGGUGCUUCCACGUGGAGUGUGUCAGUGACGAGCUGUGCUUGCCUCUGCAGAGGACUGGCAGCCGCAAGUGGGAGGCUUCACAUGUAUCCAUGAUACUUGUGAAACCAGUGCUACCUAAUGAAAACUGGUCAGAUAUAUUGGAUCAAUCUAGUUAUAGGCCAGUAAACAACAACUUCUCUCCCGAGGAUGAUUCCUUGUAUGCCCCUUACACAAGUCACCGCAAUGACUUGCUCAAUGAUGAUGAGGAAUCCAACUUUUUGUCUCAUUUCCUCAACAACUUGCCUACAAUGGAUGAUGAUGAAGCAAGAACCUUUGAUAAAUACCGUGACAAUAAUGACAGUGACAUGAUUAUGGAUGCAACAAAUUUUCUGGAAAAGAUACCCUGUGAACUAGGGGCUGGUGAUUGUCCAUUUAACUCAGAAUGUAUACCAGUGGGUCAUAAAAUGCGAAAUGGUAUUUGCAAAUGUGUGCCCGGCACAGAGGAGAAUGCUCAAGGAGCUUGCGUUCAGACGAUGAGACCAUUUUCUAAAGGCCCGACAAUACCGGUUGAUGCCAUGAAGAAAACUGAUGAUGAAUUGAAAAAUGAUGUUCUGAAAACUGAAACUUCUUCACAAAAAAGUGUGCAAACAUUGACAGUUUCAAUUUUAUCUAAGCAGGUACAACUGCCAGACAAUGAAGUGACCUUGGCUGCAUACACUAUACCUGAUGAGAAAGCAACAAUGAGUCAUUACAACUAUGUAUGGACGCUAGUUGACCAACCAAAGGGAGGUUUUACAGGCAACAUGAACCAGAACGGAGCUAAAGUCACACUAACAGACUUGACGGAAGGCCAGUACCGGUUCAAGGUCACUGUGAACGGUACCAACUCUUACGGGGAAGGGUUUGCUAAUGUGACGGUGUUACCACCGCACCGCGUGAAUACUCCCCCGCAAGUUGUCAUCACGCCACAGACACAAACUGUGAAGCUGCCUAAUACUGUCGCUGUACUUGAUGGCAGCGCUAGUAAGGACGACGACGCUAUCAUAUCCUGGCAUUGGGACUUGACAUCAGGCCCUAUCGGUUACCAACCUCCUUUACAAGAUGGGCCUACUUUAGUGCUAAAUGAUCUGAAACAACCUGGCAACUAUACAUUUAAACUGACAGUAGAAGACUCAGAUCAUGUGAAGAAUUCAACGGCAGCUAAUAUAACAGUGUUGAAUCAUACGGAUUAUCCGCCAGAAGCGAAUGCGGGCCAAGACGUAAUAAUAUAUUUGCCGAACAAUAACCUGACUUUGAAUGGAAGUCUCUCGACGGACGACCACGAGAUCACGUCAUGGGAAUGGACGAAGUCAGCUGAGGACGAAAACAAAGCUGUAGAUAUGCAAAACACGCACUCUCCUUAUUUACAACUGUCGAAUCUAUCGGAAGGCGUGUAUACAUUCGUGCUGAAAGUGACGGACUCGUCGGGCCAGUCGUCCACGGCUGACGUGCACGUGUUUGUCAAACCGCCAACCAACACACCACCGGUCGCUGAUGCACAAGCUGAGGCUUUCAUAUCACUACCGCAAACGUGGAUCAUCCUGAACGGAUCCGCAUCGCACGAUGACCAUAGGAUAGUCGCGUACACCUGGCGUUGCCUGUCCGGUCCUACUAACUCUAACAUUAUCAACUUUAACGAGUCCGUUGCGAAUGCCACGGCUCUCACUAAAGGGCAAUACGUGUUCUCGCUGACUGUACUCGACGACAAUGGAAAUUCAGCGUCCGAUAAUGUCACCGUCACUGUUACUCAAAAUAAAAACAGCCCUCCGAAAGCGGACGCGGGCGGUGACCUAGUACUGAACUUGCCAGUAACAGUGCUCAUACUGAAUGGCUCCAAAUCCUCGGAUGACUUUCGCAUCGUGUCGUGGAAGUGGACUCGCUCGCCGUCCGGCCUGGCUGCCGGGACGGUUAUACUCAACUCUGAUACACAGCCUGUGCUUAUGCUAACAAACAUAGAAGCAGGCAGAUACGUAUACGAGCUAACAGUGACGGACGACCAAGGCGAGUCAGACAAGGACACAGUGAGCGUGCAGGUCAAACCAGACCCCCUAGAGAUGAACCUCAUGGAGUUGACCUUGAACGUGCCCAUUUCGACCUUCACGCAAAGUCAACUCGACUCACUAGUGCAGAAAAUGACCUUGCUUCUCAAAGAUGAUAUCAGAGUCAAUGUCACGGAGGUACACGGACAAAUUGAUUCUGGAAAUACGCAGUUGAUUUUCUUCUUAUCGGAGCAGGACAAACCAGUGGAAGGUAUUCGCGCCCUCUCGCUAGUGCGGGGCACAUCAGGCGCGUGGGGCUUGUGGGGCGGCGGCGGCGUGCGCUCGCUGCGCUGCCUCAGCACGUGCUCGGGCCGCGGCGUGUGCGACCACGCGGCGCGCGUCUGUCGCUGCGACGCCUUCUGGAUGCAGAGCCUGUUGGCGCAGCUCGAUCCUGACGCGCAGCCUGAUUGCGAAUGGUCUGUGGUGUACGCGAGCCUGGGCGGGGUGGGCGCGCUGUGCGGGGUGUGCGCGCUGGGCUGGGCGGCGGCGCGCGCGCUGCGCCGGCUGUGCGCGCCGCGCAAGCCGCGCGCCAGGUCCAAGUACCGCCUGCUGCCGCUCGCCGAGCACGACGACAAGCCAUUUACAAGUAAAGACCUAUCAGAAACAGAGACGGAUUCGGACGUGUUGUUCGAAACCAAAAGCAAGACGACAUCGUUCGGCACGCGCGCCAUGAACGGCGAAGCGUCGCAAGGCAACGGCUGGAAGAAAAACGGACACUACAAGACUUCUAGAAAAGUGAAGACGUAGUUCAUCGCUCUACGCCUAAGCUGCCUACGUAUACAGACAGCUUUUGGUCACUGUAAGUAAACUUACAUAUUCCCAACACGGACAUUCAUAACACGUUGCCAUUCCAAAUUGUGUAUAAUAACGCAAAUAGUGUUACUGCAGGUAGGAUAGAACAAAUGCUAGAGUGAAUUAUAAUCGCCUAAAAUGUCGUUCAUGUUUAGGAUAAGUAGGAAGAUAACGUCUUUGACAUUUACAUGUAUUGGUUUCAUUAUGUAUGUGUAAUUUGUUUUGUAUUUCUUAAACACGCGUAUAUAUAUGUACCUGCUGUACAAAACUCGUAUGAAAUUCUAAAGAUUCAAACAACCCUGUUUGUAUAACUUCUCAAGAAACACAAUUAACUUUAUGACUCAAUAAUAGUCUAUUUCAAACAAUUGAAUGAGACGGAAUUUGGUUUUCAAUGUGCUUAAUGAAUAGCCUUUUUAUAUGAACGCAUUUUGUUGAUUUAACUAAAAAUGACAGCUAGAUAUUAUAUUGCAAAUAAAAUAUGUCCAAAUAAAAUCGGUCAGGUUCGUUCAGGUAGCUCGGUUUUAGAAAUUAAAAUGCCACAGAGACUAUAAGAGUUUAAUGUUUAAAUGUGUGUAAUGGAGUCGCCAAAAAUUUCAGAAUUCAACCGCAAGUAUCGUUAAACAAGUACAGGGGGACCAAAUCAGGUUUAUUAUGCAUUCCGUUCACUGUUGUCCAAUUGUGUUCUGCGCCUUACUAUCGGUGGCACGAUUGGUUGAUCCAUGAUAGAUUAAUUUUGGUCGAUAACUAUAACUUAUCCGCCUUUAUUUGCAAGCAGAGGCACAAAAGAAAUAGUUAUAACUUGAAUUCCAGCGCGACAAAAAAUAUGGCUAUGAAAAAACUUACUAAAUAAUGUAGAAUUUAGCUAAUAGAUUAGGAUAGGUUUUUUACUUAUAAACGUUACAUUGAGAGGGUUGCUAUAUGGAGAUGUGACUUGCAGCUAAAAUUUCUUAAGCUUAUCUCGUGUUUGAAAUAAUUUUCUGAAAAUGCAUUUUGUAUCCUCUAUUUAUUAGAUACUUGCAUAUUUAUUACUGAUGCGUUUUGCUAUAGUCAACUUAUUUAAAGAAAAUUACAAAAACAUGUCACUACAGAAUAUACCUUGUACGGUAAAAAACUUUGUAUGAAUCCCAUAUACAAGGUUUGUUUAGAUAAAAACAGUUUCAUAGUAAUAAUGUUGUCAUAAGUAUAGUAGUUUUUUGUACUUCAAUCAUCUGAAUAGGUUGUUACAUCACAUCUCUGUUGCUACAUGCAAUACCUUUAUUUUCGUUGACGUGAGAGUUAAGAGCACGUGCGAAGCACAAAUAAAAUCAUGUAUAAUUACAUUGAACAAGAUAACAACCCUGUUGAUGUAUUAUAUAUUUUUUGUAUUAAAAUUUGGUCGAAUGCAAAUGUCUAAAAUUGUUAUUACAAAUCGAAGGUAUCAAAUAGUUUGUAAGUCUCUAUAAGUAGAAAUGUAUUCUAUAGAAAUUAUGUAAAGUUCUUAAGAAAUUGAUGUAAGCAUAAUUUUAUUUACAAGUAUUAUUGCAGCAUGAAUUAUUUUAAUCUCCUUUCUUAAAUAUAUAAUUAUAUCAAAGUUAUUUAUUUGGACAAUACUUUAUUGGUAUUUUUUUUUUAUUUAUUCACUGUUUAUCUUUUUAAUUUAUUUAUUGGAUUUUUGUGCAUACUAUUUACAUGAUACUUUUCGAGUGUGAAAAUGGUAAUAUGGUAUUGUUAUCGUUGUUGCAAAUUGAUACAUUAUUCCUAAUAACUUUCAUAAGAAACAGUAUACUUUGCCAUAAAUCAUAUUUUCCUUACCUACAUAAAGAAUUAUUUAUAAUUAUGUAGUAAUGUUACGGUUAUUGUAUCCAUUAUAUUUUUUAAUUUGCUAAGGCGUCGUCGUUAGUAUGGCAAGACAUUAAAGUGUGACCAGACUUAAGUUAAUAAUGCGCAUAAUUGAAUAAUCUAGUCGUGUUAAGUGAUAAUAUUUUAGAUUUUAGUACACGUUGCAUACUAUGUAUUAUUUAUGUAAAAUAUUUUUACUGUGAUUUUGACAAGUAUUUUAUAAUUUGAGUGUACUUAUUUUCUUCGGAAUUAAAGUCGCAACAUGCUUCAUA